UCAUCUUCCUCCUCCUCCUCAUCACCAGCCAGCAGAGCAGCUCUCUCUCUCUCUGUCCCUCCCUCACACUCCCCCACGUUUUCCUCUCUGUCCGCCUGUCUAAACAAGAAUCCUCUCCUUUUAUUUUCUAUCUCUGACACACGGUAGUCAUGUAUGCUGACGGGGACCUGCUGCAGAUCCCUCUGGGGCUCAUCAACAGCGCGGGGAAGUAUCUGACCGCGGAGACCUUCGGCUUUAAGAUCAACGCGUCGGCCAGCAGCCUGAAGAAGAAGCAGACCUGGACCCUGGAGCAGACCGGAGAGGACGGCAGCGCGGUGUUCCUCCGCUCCCACCUGGGCCGCUACCUCGCCACGGACAAAGACGGCAACGUGACCGCGGACAGCGAGACGCGCAGCGGCCGCGACUGCCGCUUCGUCAUCACCGCGCACGAGGACGGGCGGUGGUCUCUGCAGUCCGAGCCGCACGGCCGGUUCCUGGGCGGAAGCGAGGACCGAAUCACCUGCUUUGCGCAGACCGCCACACCGGCAGAGAAAUGGAGCGUGCACCUGGCCGUGCACCCGCAGGUCAACCUGUACAGCUUCACGCGCAAACGCUUCGCGCACCUGAGCACGAAAGGGGGGCGGCAGGAGGUGUCCAUAGACCGGGACGUCCCCUGGGGGGUGGACUCUCUGGUGACUCUGGUGUAUCGGGACCAGCGCUACCACCUGGAGACUUCAGACAACCGCUUCCUCCGCAGUGACGGCAGCCUGUCCACUAACACCGACAAGGACACCGGCUACAUGCUGGAGUUCCGCUCCGGGAAAGUGGCUUUCCGCGACUGCAACGGCCUCUACCUGGCGCCCGCGGGCCCGACCGGCACAAUGAAGUCUGGGAAAAGCGGCCGCGUGGGGAAGGAUGAACUGUUUGGCCUCGAGCGCAGCCACGCGCAGGUCGUGCUGACUGCAGGCAACGAGAGGAACGUCUCCACGAGGCAAGGCAUUGACCUGUCAGCCAAUCAGGACGAGGAAGGAGAUCAGGAAGUGUUCCAGUUGGAGAUGAGCCGUGAGGACAGGAAGUGUGCCUUCAGAACCGCUGCUGGAAAAUACUGGACUCUGACAGCAUCUGGGGGCCUGCAGUGCACGGCAUCCACCAAGUCGGCCGACAGUUACUUUGAGCUGGAGUGGCGUGACGGUCGUGUGUGUGUGCGUGCAGCCAACAACAAAUAUGUGAUUGCCAAGAGGAACGGGCACUUAGCUGCUACUGUCGACACCACAGGUGAGGCUGAACAGUUCCUGAUGAAGCUGAUCAACCGUCCAAUCAUCGUCCUUCGUGGGGAGCACGGGUUCAUCGGGGCGCGUAAAGCAGGGAUGGCGACCCUGGACUCCAACAGAGCAUCUUACGACGUUUUCCAGCUGGAGUUUCACAACGGAGCUUAUGCUCUUAAAGACUCCCAGGGGAAGUAUUGGUGUGUUGGAGAGGACACGGCGGUGGGAUGCAGCGGCUCCACACCCGUCCAGUUCCUGUUUGAGUUCUGUGACCUCAACAAGAUGGCCAUCCGUGCUCUGGGGGGGAAGUACCUGAAGGGAGACCACGCUGGAGGGCUGAAGGCCAGCGCCGACUCCCUGGACAGCGCCACCCUCUGGGAAUACUGAGAACACAAAGCUGGACCUCCACUCUACCUGACACAAUGCUUCAAACUAUUGAUAAAUACUGUAGGUAGCUUUUUUGUUUUGCAUACGUGUGCCUGUGUGUGUAAUCGUGAAUUGGUCUGGAUGGAUGGAUGUGUUAAACUGGAAGUCAUGGCACCAAAGCACUGCAGGUGUUUUAUUUUCUUUCUCCAUUAUUAUUAUCUCUUCCUACUGGGCUUUUUAACUGGACAUGUGGAUGUACUGAUGUUGUGUAAUGAAUAAAUCAUAAUGUGGUUUCACUUCCUAUCAAAUUUACACACGCUGGGAAAUGUUGUGCCUAACUGUGGUGACUACUGGUGUAAACAAACAUACUGAAUGCUAUAAAUCAUCACUUACUAACCUUCUCUUGUUACAUUUCCUGCUUGCUCUAUACGCUACUUUCAUCUCCUACUCUCUUUUAAACUAUUAAGCACAACUCAAACUAGAUAAAGGGAUGUUACUAAUUUACAUUAUUCUGCUGUAUAUAAGGCUUUUAUGUCGCUGAAUACUUAAAAGAAACAUAGUAACCAAGUGAAAAAGUGUCCUGAGGGUUUAAAAGAAAGGAAUAGAUCUAACAUGUUGCCUGUAUGCUACUUGCCAGAUUUAUUUCCUUCUCUUUGGUGUGCAGGAAGACACAAUCUGUUUAUAGACAGACGCAUCUACAGGAAGUAGUCAGUAGUGGAAGGUUUUCCAUAAAGACUGUAAUCCACUCUGAUUGGCAGUGUAAGGUUUUCAAUUAUAUUUGGAAACAAAUCAAAGGAGCGUUGAGAUUGAAUCAUCAACUUAAGGAGACUUCUGAGUGAGAAUAAUCAUCCGUUCUGUUAAAAGUAGUGAAAAGGAGGUUGAAGGUAAGCUACUAUGCACUCAAAUGCACAUGAAUACAUACAAAUAUAGUCAUAGAUACAUUUAUUCCAGCUAUGACUAAUUCUGCACAACUACAAUACUACAAUACGUGAAAAGCACAUGUUUGUUAUGAUGAAAUGGAUGGUGUGUAAACGCAAUGAAAGAGUGUCUGGCUAUAAUUGUGGCUGUGCCUUCCUCUCUCUUUUCAUGUUCUUACACUUGAUCUGAAAAACCUCAAUAAAGUUUUCCCUCUUAAUAUUUGA